AUGUACAGCACUGCGCUGCGGCCUUAUCUUCACUCCCUUUGCAUCUUGUAUGGGGACAUCCAACUAACAGAUGAAUCAUCAGUUGACCGGUAUUACGAGCCCGGGUUCAUCGCCAACUUUGUCAAGUUCGCCGUGCAUGGCCACCUCCCCAAUGGCACAACGACCAGCCUCCCACGCCUGCACCCCAUGGAGGUCCCGCUCCUGGACGAGCCAACCGCGGCAUGGGCCCCGGUCGACACGCCCGGACCGCCCCCCAGCGCGACCAGCGCCAUCUACAAAAUCAUGAUGCACUGCGGCGACCAAGAUUCCUCCCGCCUCUGCCUCGUCGGCAAAAACAUCCAUUUCAUGAAGGCCCGCCUCCUGGACGGCCUGGUCCCGCUCUCCGAGGCCCAGUGGCAGGAGCAAGACCUUGACAACCCUGCCCAUCUGGAGCGCGCCUGCGAGCAUCUCAGCGCCGUGGCGGCCGUCUUCGAGUACCUGAGCAUCGAGCAGGUGAACGUGAAUCUCCGGGACCAGUUCAACCUGAUCUCUGACGAGCUGGGCGAGGUGCAGCGGGCCCUGAACGCGCGCCGGCGGGCGAGGCCGGAUGAGUUGGCUGAGUUCCCGGCCAUCCUCGAUCUCCGCGCUCUGUGGGCGGAAUACGUGCCUGCCGUGUAUGAGGCUAUGACCCGCACCGCGCACGCAUGGGUGCUGGCCCACUUGACGAGGUUGAAGGAGCGGAUGCUGGAUGGUGACUUCUUCGACACGGUGGCUGUUGAUCAGACGGACCUCGAGGCCCGGCUGGCGGAAUUCUACGUGCGGUGGCGCCUUCUCGCGGAUAUCACGUUUCAAGCGGACGCCGGGUUCUGGCUGCCCUUGCAUGGGUACAAGGGGUAUCGAGUCCCCACCGGGAUCGUCGCGGGGUUGCAUCACCCGCAAAUAGAUGAGUUCGCGGAAGUGUAUCCACGGCGGCACCACGAGGUGCUGACCGCACGGGUGCAGGCGGUGCCCGAGUUGCAGACCUCGUCGACCGGCGAAAUUAUUACGGUGGCGGAAGAUCAAGUCCGCUUGGAACUGCGCGGGUCGGUGUCGCCCCCCCUGACGGAGUUGCCUCCGGCGCCGUGGAUUCAGAGGGCCCUCCGAGUUUGCACGGAAAUAAUGUCCGGUUUACCAGAACAUGCGGAGGCGCAGACCAUUGAAUUCGCCGUUUACCGCGCUGCGUAUUGUAGUAUUUCCGACGAGGAGUGGGAGGUUGUGAGAGCAAAGGUGGAAGAGCAAGUGGCCGCAUGGGGAGUCGGCGAGCCGGGCGCGGAGGAGGUGAAGCCCCUUUUGAAACUCCAGUGGCUCGAUUGCAGGGAAUUGGGCAUCGAUCCUAAGGAUAUUGAGGCCGUGCGAAGCCACUUUCGUAAUCUCCGCACACAACACCCGCUGAUAAAUCAGCCGAGUUUUCUUAUGCUCGACCCCUGGAGCGCUAGCUCCUAUAUCAGAACAGACCAGGACAGACUCCCCAGGGACUUCCGCCCCCAUCUCCUCGCCGUCGACGCAGACUUCGUGCCGUCACUCAUUCCCGAGGCAGUGUCACCUGGCUACACCGGACGGAUGCGGAUUCUCGGGAACCUGGUCUGGAGUGAACUGUAUGCGAUGUCGAUGAUGCAGUCGGCGCAGCUGUGGGACCUGUGGCCGCUGGCGGCGGAGCACCCGCAAAAGGUGUAUACGGGGGCUGUGGUGCCCAGUCAGAUCCAAGAGUGGCGGGAGCAGAACAUGCUCAAGGACUCGAUGAUUGACUCGUUUGAAAAGUUCUUGCAAAAGCAGGAUCCUAAGGCUGCGCAGGCAGUGAGGGAGAUGAAGGAAGGGAAGUUUGGCUUUUGA